GGGCGUGAGAAAUACAUAUACACAUAUUACGGAGUGACUGCUUUUCAUCCUGUUACAUAAGCGGACAGUGUUAAGUAUUAAUAAAGGCGUGACGGGGUCGGCAUGAGAAGCCGGUCUAUGGGCUGUUAUUUUAGCAAAAUUAUUUGCAAACGUGUGUGGAGAGCUGUGUGACUGUAUCUCAGUCCGUGUGUGUGUAGUUAGAUUUGUGAAAGUGUAAAAGAAUGUGUAAAUGCGUACUGAGAUUUGCAAUAUGUACAGGAAUGUGCAAAUGUGUACAGGAAUUCGUGCGUGUAAUCAGAUAUUUAUGUGUAAUGAGAUUUGCAAGUGUACUGAGAUUUGUUCGUGUGUGGACAAAUCUGUAAAUGCGUACUUAGCUAUUAAUGGCUGAAAAGUCUAAAUAUAUUGCUUCAAGAGCAGGAAAUAGAAACAAGUCAUUAGUUGCAACUCAGGCGGGCCUCAGGCUUUUUACAUAUGAUUCUUCCUACACUUCUGCCUGGCAGAUCUGCAAAUGCGUGUGGAGCUUUGUCUGUGCUUGGAGGUUUUGAGGGCUUAGUUGUGGAACACCGUCAGGGCAUACGACUUUUUACAGCCACACAACUCUACAUACACAUUCGCAAAGAAUUUUGCUACAAUAACAGCCCCAUACCGAUCAUUGCGGAUACAGCUGCUGUUACUCCGGCUGCGCCCCUGUAUCACGGCGAACUGACUCAGUAUAGUUCAGCGUCUGACCAAUCGCAGCGCUCCGCCUCCGGCUCCAUCACACCGCCGAACCGGACGCCGGUACCGGGAGCUGCUGAUCCGUGAGCGCCGAAACGCAGUCGGCUGCUUUCCGCCAUACACUGUUGUAAAUAUGCUUCAGAUCGGAGACGAGCUGUCGUGCUUCUCCGUUGUGUUCAUACUGGCUCUGCUCGCAUCCAGAAGCGCCGUUUGCUCGUCCCUUUUCACCGCAUCGCUCUACGUUUUCCUGGUGAUUUUCCGCUACCCGCAAGUACCGGCUGACAGGGCGAAGCAGGUGCUGCGGCCGGCCAGGCUCGGCAGUGGCAGCGUGUCAGUGGUGGCGCACCGAGGAGCGGGACACGAUGCUCCUGAGAACACCCUUGCAGCGAUCCGGGAGGCCCGUUUGAACGGCGCCACCGGGGUGGAGCUGGACCUGGAGUUCACAGCCGACGGCGUGCCUGUGCUCAUGCAUGACAAGACCGUCGAUCGCACCACCAACGGCUCGGGCCUGCUCAGCGUGUUACGCUUCUCUGAGGUCAGCAGGCUGGACGCCUCUGCCAAGCACAGACUCAGGGAGCGAUUCCAGGGAGAGAGGGUCCCAACUGUGCAGGAAGCCGUUAAGGAAUGUAUCAGGCACCAGCUGACCAUCUUCUUUGACGUCAAAGGUCACCCUGAUGAGGCCGUCGCUGUCCUGAGAGACAUGUACAGAACCAACCCGGUGCUCUACAACAGCAGCAUUGUCUGCUCUUUUGAGCCCAAAGUCAUUUACAAGAUGCGGCAGGCCGACCCGGAGGUGGUGACGGCGCUGACCCACCGGCCGUGGAGGCUGAGCCGGCAGGAGGAUGGCACGCCACGCUUCUCCGCGCUGUGGAAGCACCACUGGCUGCAGCUGCUGGACGUGCUGCUGGACUGGGCUCACCACCACCUGCUGUGGGACCUCUGCGGCGUGUCAGCCUUCCUGGUGCACCGGAGCGUCAUCUCCCCGUGCGUGUGCACACUCAGGCUUGCACUCACAUUCACGCUCAAGCUCACAGUCAUACUCAUGCUUGCAUUCAUACUCGCACUCGGCCUCACAUUCACGCUUGUACUCACACUCACUCUUGCAUUCAUGCUCAUACUAAAGCUUGCACUCCUACUCACACUCGCUAUCACACUCACGCUCACACCCAUGCUUGCACUCAUACUCGCAUUCAGCACUUGCUCACACUCACAUUUGUGCUCACGCCACCAGCUAACCCAUCUCACCCAAUGUUUCUGGUAUUACAGCCAAUCCCUCACACUGAACCCUGACAGGUGCUUUUGUCCAAAGCAGCAGCCUGUAAUUAAGAAGCCUGAACUGUCCUAGUAAACAUACUGAGGGCUGCAGCAGGUGUGUGUCCUUAACCACUGUGUGUACCUAGUACACCCAGAAUAGCACCAUAUAUUCAUUCCCACAGCCCUGUGAUUGUGACCCAGACAGCUGCUUAUUAAUAUCAGCAGGAGGCUUGUGCUGUUGCAUUUAACCUCUUUGAUAAAUCAUAGAUGUGACAUUGUGACCUGACGUUACUCCACCCACAUUCCUCCUCACUUCUGCCCUCAGGGACUAUGUGAAGUACUGGGCCGAGCGUGGGGUGGAACUGAUUGGCUGGACCGUCAACACAGCCGUGGAGAAGCAGUACUACCAGGAUGUGCUGAAUGUCAGCUACCUCACUGAUAGCCUCAGG